UAGGCAACAUGUACACUUAAAGCACCGGAGUUCCGCGGUUAGCUCAAGCUAAAGCGAAGCGAGGGCUCAUUUUUCCUUGGUUUGUCGUGUGAAACACCAAUACAGCACAAAAAUGGCAUUCGGUACCAGCACAUCUAACCAAAUAACAGAGCUUCAGGGUAAAAUCCAACUCUUGGAGGGCGAAAGAAGAGCUUACUAUGAGAGGACUGAGGCCACCAUCAAGAAGAACAAAAAGACCAUCCAGCAGCCCAGACAGGGGAACGAGAGGCUGCGCAAAAAGCUGUCAGCAGCUAAAUCUCGUGAUGACCACAUCAUCAGAGAGACCUUUCGAAAUAGAGACUGGGAGAGGAAGGCCUACCGCAACAAGUCAGUGAAGGAGGUCAUUGAAAUACUAGAAGGCAUGCUCUCCAAGAAGAAGAGUCUCAAUGCCCUAAAGCACAGCACUGACCACUGGCACCGCCUCGAAGAGCUGAAGAUGAAGUACCAAAGAAUGAAAUCAGAGAGGAGCUGCAGCGACAGGUCCGCUGAUGCUCACGCUCUGAAAAACGAUGAAGAUGCCAUGAACCUCCGGGCAUUGGAGAACAAUCUGGAGAAAACCCAGGUUAAGUGCAGGGAAGCUGAGAACAUCAUGAUAAAUAUUCUUUACAUUUCAUGUUCCCUCACUUGUCCCCCUUCAUUACUUCAGAAUGAGAGUCUGACUUACCAGGGCCAGCUGGACAGUCUGGAGAAGAAAUCCUGGAACACAGAAAGGAGCUUCGUAGGCCUGCAGGUCAUGAAUGAUGAUGACCAGCUCUCCAAAGGAGCUGCUAAGGCUCAGUUGCAGCAGCAGGAGGAGCUGCAUUACAAGGAGUGUAAAGAGAGGGAGCGUAUAAUAGCAGGUUACAGGAUGAAGGUUGAGGAGCACAAGGCCCAGGCUGAGAACGUCGAUAGAAGGGUCCAGAGAACUGCUGUGCAGCCAGAUGAACUGAGCAGUGAGGCCCAGCACAGCACCACCAAGACAGAAGACGAAGAGAAAAAAAUUUCUACUUUUGAGGAGGCCUUCAAGCACAUCAAAGAUGCCACAGGCGUCACAGAUAUACAGGAGAUAGUGGAGCGCUUUAACUCUCAGAAGGAGACACACCAGCAGCUGGAGAAACUGAAGGAGGAGAAUGAGGAAGUCCUGCUCCAGUUAAAGGAGGAGAAGGAGCGUCUGAGCCAACAAUUUGAGGACAUGAAAUAUUCUAGACGUGCUAAACUCUCCAGCAACCAGGAGGCACUGCAGGAGCGUAAGCAGCAACUGCAGGCUCAGCAGCAGAGGUGUGACGCAGCCAAAAAGCGACUGGAUCAGCUCUCAAAGAUCCUCGGCACUGCCCAAGCUGGAAUUGAGCACCUGGCAGACAAACUCCAACACAUCUCACUGAGUGAGGACACAGUUCCUGAAGUGCAUCCAGACUUGGAUCACUUUGUGCUAGAGCUGAUAACCGAGUAUGAGAAAAAAUUAGAGUCACUGCACAAAGAACUUCAGGGGAAGGAUCUGGCUGCUAUUAUGAAGGAGAUGGAAAAAGAAGAGCCCUUCAUCAGGAGUGAGGGGAAACUGCCAGAGUACAACACCAGAGUCACACUGUCUGAGGAUGAAGCACAUGGCCCCUUCCAUGAUGAGACUGAGUCUGACGAGGAUGAGGCUGACGUCAUCUCUCGUGAGGCAUUGAAGCGUCAGUCUCAGCUAAUCAUUGACUCCAACUCUAAAAGAAAGACCAGGAAUAAGAAGAAGAAGAAGGGCAAGUUCUAAUCUGACAACACAGUCUUCAAAGUCUCCCACAAUAAAGCAAAGUGAAGCAUAAAACGGGACGAUUGUGAGCUGAUUAAAGAGAAUCUGUCCAAGAUUUUCCCCUACAAUUGUUUCACCUCUACAGCUGUUAUUUUGUGUCUUAGCUGCUGCUAUAAAGAUAUUUAGUAAACAACAAAUGAAAAUAUAUAUUUUAACAGUGUAAUAAUCUUAAAUGAUUUUCAUGAAUUGAUGCUUUGUGUCUGUACUUAUUGUGUAAGUGGGUUUGUUUUGGCAAUAGUCAGGUGUCACUGUUGCACCAGCACACUCUACCCCCACCUCUGUAUUUUCAAGCUCACAUUUCACCCUCAGCCUUUCUGGAAGGCAGUUAAAAAAAAAAAAAAACAUCAAAAUAUUGCCUUUUCUUUUCAUCAUAACUCCCUGAAUAGUGUGUGUGAAAGAGCCUAGUAACUUGUCGUCAAAUGUUUGUUUUCUUAUUUUCCUGUUGAUAGAAACCAAUCCACUGUGAAUGUUGUGGGUUUUAUCUCACAGACACGAUGCACAGUAGCCUGCGGUGUGCUGAAAGCCAAUACAUGUGACGAAUCCAGCCUUUAUUCAUGCUUGAAUUACAUCAAACUUGUUUUGUCCUGCUGUGAAGUACAGAUGUGUUUAUGAA